GGGCGGGGCCGGCGGCGGCCGUCGGGACGGGGGCUCCCAACAUGGCGGCGCUGCGGGCGGCGCUCCGGCUGCGCGAGCGGGCGGCGGCUGCGGCCGGCGGCGGCCGGCGCGGGGCGGGCCGAGCCUGAGGGCUGCGCCUCACGGGGACGGCUGCGCCUCGCCUCGCCUCGCCGCCCCGCAGCGCGCCCGGCCCUGCGCUGCCGGGCCGCUCCCCGACAGAUUCAGAGGCUCUUCCGGUUUAUUCACCCCCUAGUAUACAAGGAAGAGUCUCUAAAGUGAAUCCUUAUCAGAAGGACAGAGAUCUGGAAGAAAUUUGACUUUUGCACUGCGUUCAAGGAAAUACCAAAAUAAAGCAGAUGUUGUGUCCUGUACUGUUAUCUCAAGGUUUUGCAAGUCAUUCUGUUAUGUGCUUCUUGGCAUCAGGAAUGUAAACUAAUUCUCUCAGCACUGAACUAGAACCUUGACAAGGUUGUGAUUACAGAUGUGUCUAAACUCGGAAUCCAAUUGAUGAUGUUUUAUUCUACAUUUCUGAAAAGAUCUUCAAAAGAGAUUCGUUAUUGCAUAAACAUGGGUGCAUUUUUGGAUAAACCAAAAACUGAAAAGCAUAAUGCUCAUGGUGCAGGGAAUGGCUUGCGUUAUGGCCUCAGCAGUAUGCAGGGAUGGAGAGUGGAAAUGGAAGAUGCUCACACAGCUGUUGUGGGUAUUCCUCACGGCUUAGAGGACUGGUCCUUUUUUGCUGUCUAUGAUGGUCACGCAGGAUCUCGUGUUGCAAAUUAUUGCUCCACACACUUACUAGAACACAUCACUAACAAUGAAGACUUUAGGGCGGCAGAAAAACCUGGAUCUGCUCUUGAACCUUCAGUGGAAAAUGUCAAGAGUGGAAUCAGAACUGGCUUUUUGAAAAUUGAUGAGUAUAUGCGCAAUUUCUCAGACCUCAGAAAUGGGAUGGACAGAAGUGGCUCAACAGCAGUGGGAGUUAUGAUUUCACCUGAGCAUGUAUACUUUAUCAAUUGUGGUGAUUCACGUGCUGUUCUCUAUAGGAAUGGACAAGUCUGUUUUUCAACACAGGAUCACAAACCUUGCAACCCAAGGGAGAAAGAGCGAAUCCAGAAUGCAGGAGGCAGUGUAAUGAUUCAGCGCGUUAAUGGUUCAUUGGCAGUUUCUCGAGCUCUGGGGGACUAUGACUACAAAUGUGUUGACGGUAAAGGCCCUACAGAACAACUUGUUUCUCCAGAGCCAGAGGUUUGUGAAAUUUUAAGGGCAGAAGAAGAUGAGUUUAUCAUCUUGGCUUGUGAUGGAAUCUGGGAUGUAAUGAGCAACGAAGAGCUCUGUGAAUUUGUUAAGUCUAGACUUGAAGUAUCAGAUGACCUGGAAAAAGUGUGCAAUUGGGUAGUGGACACUUGUUUACAUAAGGGGAGUCGUGAUAACAUGAGUAUUGUACUAGUUUGUUUUUCAAAUGCUCCUAAGGUCUCAGAUGAGGCAGUGAAAAAAGAUGCAGAGUUGGAUAAGCACUUGGAAUCACGGGUUGAAGAAAUUAUGGAAAAAUCAGGUGAAGAAGGAAUGCCUGAUCUUGCGCAUGUUAUUCGUAUUUUAUCUGCGGAGAAUAUCCCUAAUUUACCACCAGGAGGUGGUUUAGCUGGCAAGCGUAAUAUUAUUGAAGCUGUGUACAGUAGACUGAAUCCACACAGAGAGAACGAGGGGGGUGCUGGAGAUCUAGAAGAUCCGUGGUAGCCUUACAAAUCUACUAAAAUGCUUUUGAUUCUGAAAGGGGGAAAAAACUUUUAAAUCUGUUUUCUUCAAUACAAGGGAAAAAUUCUGGUGGAUUUCCAACAUUUUGUGAAAUGGGCAGAAAGAUAUUAGAAUUUUCCAUCAUUUGUUCAUUUUUGUGUUUUCUGAUAUUGCCACUCUUAGCAUUGCCUGUACUACAGUAUUUUUACCAGCCUCAGGCAUACCGAAUACAUCUGUAAUGAACUCUGGCCCUAAAAAGGAAGGAAGGAGUGAUUCUCUCAGCAGAUCAGUGUAUGUACCUGAGGUGCAUGGGAUUGUAGUUGUACUCUGAAGAUACACUAUGGUUAACUGAAAUUACAGCACACAAGCGCGAGAGAGUACAAGUAAUUCUUUGAGACGUUACUUAUUUCACUUUACUGAGUUGGAAGGCUUUGCAGCUCUGUGGCUUGGAAGUGAUUUCAAUUGGGCAAUACGCUAUCAGAUGUGUAUUAUUAUUUUUUUUAAUUUUCCAGUUUUACCUGUAUUACCAGACCGUUAGGUUUCCCUGCGGUGUCCAAAUUGUGAUAUGUUGCCUACUGCUUGCUUGGAGAUAAGUGUAUUUGGCAAUAAUAUAUGAAGAUUCUAGGCAUCUAAAACCAGUAAGAAUUUUACGCAUGUGUACAACACACCCUUAAACUCUUGCUAGAGAAAAUCUUUUAAAACCAAACUGAUGAAUUUAUAGUUAGUAGUGACUUGCUUUGACAUCUCUCACAGCUGCAGGUUUUUUUAAAAAAAAAAAUGCUGAAAAUUUGCCUUUAUUAUAAUGUAAAUUGUGAUUAUUUUGUUCUAUAUGUGGUUUUCUAUAGUUUUUGAUUUUUUUCAGCUUAAGAUACAGACAGAAGUUUUGUGUAAUAUGGGUAUAAUUUUUAAUUGUUUGCAUUAUUUUCAAAGUUCAAAUUAUCACUUUGAGAUUACUAUAAAUACACUUAAAAUUAUCUAUUUUAAAUUAAGAAAAUAUUAGAGAUAUUUUCAUGGGUUCAAUGACCUUUCAUUUUAUAAGCAAUGGGCAUGGUACAGAGUGGCUGUCAUGUAAGGUACUUGAAGAUUCUUAGUUUAAUUCUAUUUUUGCAAUAACCUUGACUUUUUUUUUUCUGACUUCUUUGAGUUGUGCAUGUAAUGAGUCCAGUAAAUGCUGAAAAUGGGGAAGAGUAAAGUAUUUAUCUAAAGUAAAAGCUAUUGGGGAGGGGAAACAAUGAAUGUAUCCAUCUGUACAUGAUUUACAUGCUGUGGAUGCCUUGUAAACAUUUUCCUAUUUGUUUAAACUGUGUUUCAGCGAGGAUGUAAUGCCCUUGUGUGUAGUUUUAAGCUAAUGACAGUCAUCAACUGGUUUUGUGUGAAAUGGAAUUCAUGGUAUUUUUCUGUAACUUUAUCCCCAUGGUGAGUCUGUAUUAAAAAAAAAAAAAAAAAAAAAAAAAAAAAGCUCUGUCAUACCGGUGCCGAAGGCCAGCUUUCCCGAUCAUUUUGAUUCACUGUGUAUCUGAUUUAUUUUUUUUGGUCUAGAGAGGAUUAUUGCCACAGUAUAUUUUAUUUAUUCAUUAGAUUUUAGCCUUGUAAGUUAAAGUGUUCUAAAUGAUGAUGUUAACAGGUAUUUGUCCCUUUACUGUUUUUUUGGGGGUUGUUAAAAGAUAGGGAAUGAAGAAUGCAAAAUGGUUUAUUGUUCAGACUGUCCGCUCUGGUCCAACCCUGUACUGAUAGUACCUUCCCAGUAUGAUAUUGUGAUGUUUCAUACAAUACAGUGAACAUAACCAACUUGUUAUCUUCAAUAAAGGAUUGCUAAAACAGUGUGA